AUGGAGGAGACUAAUUUUUUCAAUCGGUAUUGGGAUUUUACUUCAGAGGUCGAGCCCCGUUUACUACUAGAACUAAGUCCUCUGGCUAUAGUGUGGGCCAUUGCGGUUGAACUUCUAGGCCACCCGUGGACCGAACCUGACACAACGACGGUAGUAACAGAAUUGGCUGAGCGUCGCUCAGCAGCCAAGGGCCAAAAACGUGAGUGUGAUCUGGACCCAUCAACGGAACAAAAACCAGCUCCAAUUGACCCUCGCUCUCCUGCACAAGGGUUCUUUCCGGAUGCCACCCCAAAACCAGUUCGCGACUCUGUUGCCCCCAAUAAGGAUGAUUCGGUGAUGAUGGACACAACGGGUCCAUCGGUAAUUAGCCCCACCAAUAAACCAGUCAACGGCAAGUUUGCUUAUUGGUCCGACAACGAUGGGUCGGAGUCGGUUGAGUCGGCUCCAGACUUUUUUGCACCAUCGAAUUUGGACCAACCUCCUACUGAAGUGAUUGUGGGGAAGUCACCUGCCCCAGCUCAGCGGGCCAACAACCCCUCGGCAACAGUUUUGAUCGACUCUCACUGGUCGAAGACUGAGCCUCCCAACCCUCCUCGACCUUCAGCUCCUCUGUCCAUGAAGAAGCAACUCACUUAUGUUGCCGCCUCCAAGAAGAAGGCUGCUAUUCGGACCAAGUACCUCUCUGAAGAAAUGAAAGCCCGUGAAGUGACACAGGUGAAUUUGACUGGGCUUCCGCGCUCAAACGCCCAGUUCCUCUGCGCUACAAUCAACUAUGAAUGGGAUGGCAAUACAUCUGAGGGUGGUUCUAUUGAAGUGAAGAAAUGGUCUCGGUCCUGUCCAUGGCUAUGGACAACGCUGAGGGCGACUUGGUCAUUCUUCCGGUGA